CAAGCAUUUACACAACACAGCUGGGAGAAUCAAAUGGUGGUCUUGCACUGCACUGGCAACAGGGCUCACAGUUCGACAUCUUUCUCAGCUGCUGUCUUUCCUUCAUAAUACGUCCAGUGUGAAUUGUGGAUGUGGAUUGACUGAAGGACUUCUGUUAUUGGGAACAAGGGAGGCAGAUUGGAAAGCUGGUGGGAAGAGAGACCUGUCCUCGCACUCUUUGCAGGCGACAGGAUCAGCAGCUUAUACAAAAUGCUGGUCAGCAUAGCUAAGUGCAACAUACACCAACGGGGCUCAUCCGUUUGCAUUGAGCUUGCUUAUCUGUGAUGCGCUGCCACAGAUUGAACCAAGGAAACAAAAGGUGAAAUAUAUCUGAGUACUCUAAGCGCAGUGUGACAGCCUGUAUAGUCCAAGUUCAGAUUCUAGAAUGUAGGAUGUAGAGUUUUGCCUAUUCUUGACCCGCACACGCUGCUCAGAAUUGAAAAUAUGGCGGAGGAAGAAGCGCGGUCCUCAAUGCUGGCAGCAGCCAUUGAUGAGGAAGGCCACUACUUUGACUUCAUAUCAUUUUACAGAAAGGUGGAGUUCUGCGACCGAAGGUUACGGCUGGAGAUUCUGACUGAGGGCAAGAAAGAACUGGAGGCUUCAGAUGCUGCGACGAGCGUGGGACCGCCUGGAGUGGCUGCGUCGGGGGCGGGCGCAAGCGAAGAGAUUCCCAUCAGUUCGAUCGUGCUCGCUGCCAAGAGCCGCGUGCUUCGGACGAUGCUGUCCAACGGGAUGAAAGAAUCGGACGCAAGCGCGCCUGUGGUGCUCAAGGUCACUGAAGAGGAAAAAAUGGCUUUCAAGGAGAUGCUCCACUUCCUCUACGCCGGCAGCCUGUCCACCCGGUUCCUUGACCGGGCCACCGAUGUGCGCGAACUUGUGGGGCUGCUUCUUGUGGGCGACAAGUUCGAAGUCCCUUCUCUGAUUGGAGCAGUCCUCAAGUGUUUAGACCAACGGAUGCUCAGCAUUCCAGAAUGCGCGCUGCUUGCAAACCACAUGCCACAGUCGCUUUUGCAACUCCCUCAGGUGUGAAAAGUGGUCGAUGAGGCGCGCGCGCUCAUUGUGAAAAUGUUCAGGGACGUUAGCAAUAAGUGGGGUACGGAAGCGUUUCUGCGCAUAGAUCUAGAGGUGGUUGAGAUCUUGUUGCGGUCCGAGGAGCUUGAAGCUGACUCCGAAGAGGAGAUUCUUCAAAGGCUGUUGGCUUGGGUUGGAGAACAGUACGAGUCUCUGGAAGAAAGAUGUCGUGUGGUGAGCCAGCUGUCACCGCUGAUUAGGUUCUUGUGUCUGAGAGGGGAGUAUUUGGAGGAGUUACUUUCUGUUCCAGAGAUGCAAGCAAAAGCCACGGAAACGCUGAUCAACGACGCUCUUCGGUUCCGAGCCUACUCUGAUGAGAGAAGACUCGAAAUGCGAGGAGAACGAACUCGUGAGAGAAAGGGCGUUCGAGACGUUACUUUGGAGAUUGUGGAGAACUUCGUGUUGGACGAAGAGGGGACCGCUCGAAUUUCACCCGCUGCUGUCUGGUUUGGGAGGAAGUGGCGCAUUUCUUUGAAGCGAUGCGGCCGAAAGGGCCAGGCAACUGUAGAUCUUAUUCUUUCUUCCGAGAUUAUCAAUGCAUUGCUUACAUCGCUUGAAGACUGCCGGGAUUUACUCAAAACAGAGAGAGUUCGGUACGCUUUCUAUGUGAGGUUUUGGCCAGAGGGCUACUGGAAGUUGCUGUACGAACAUACCUAUAAAUAUGGUGCUAGUGGUAGCAGAGGUAAACGUGACGUUCUUGGCGCGUCUUGGGACGAAGUCAGGACAUCGUCUAUAUACUUAGCCUCUAACGGUACUCUAAACAUUAAGCUCUUGGCCCGUCGAUAUCGAGAGUAGCGCCUCUUGGAAGCAACUGGUUCGAUUGACAUUUGAAGAGGUUUUCCUUGACAUUGCAAUUUCUGUUCAGCGUUUUUGAAUCAGUCGCGUAUAGUCCAG